CCUUCAAAUCAUAAUCAGCUGAGUUGUGUUGAUGUAUUUGUAUUGACCCAUUACAAAUAAAUUCUGACUACAAUAAUACCAUGCAGUUUUAUAAUUAAUAAAAAUUCUUAAGUGUUUUACUAUUUUUACUGUGAUACAACUUUUUAUUAUUCGAACGUUAUGGAUAUUUUUAUGUUACUUUUCCUAUCAAUGAUCUCCAUUAUAAUUGGAAUUAUUGUUACACUUGUUGUACAAUAUUAUGUACUAAUAAAAUAUUUUGAUAAGAAUCCUACAGCGAGCCCACCUAAGAAACCUCAUGCCGAAGUAUUUAGUCUACCCGAGACGCUGAAGAAGAAGCUGGAAACAGAGGGGCAGGAUAGCUCAGAUUCCAGCAUGGCAAUCAGCCUAAUGUUGCAGUUUUUGUUUCACGAACUUCGGCACUCCGACACGGUUAAAAGGUGGCUCUAUAAAAAGUUAUCACUGGAAUUUGAAGAACUUAUCACAAAAACAACGACAGGAAAGUUUUUUGAUGCGGUUACUAUUAGAGAUAUGAACUUAGGAUCUCAAUUUCCGAACGUUAAAAGUAUUGGUGUAGAAAGCGUAAAAUUAGAUAAGAAUGAAGGGCAUAUCGAUACCUUAAAUUUAUGUAUAAAGUUGGAUUAUUCCGGUAAUUUUUUAAUAUCCGUCGAUGCUAAGAUGAAAUUCGGUAAAACCGCUUAUUUGUCAAUUAUGGUGAAACAAGUUAGUGGAUUAGCAAGAUUACAAUUUACAAGGCUUCCAUAUACUCACUGGUCAUUUAGUUUUUAUGGUGAACCAGAGCUUGAGCUCGCAGUUGAAUCUCAUUUUCAGGGUCGUCAGUUACAAUCGAAUGUUACAAAUUUAAUUGUUAAUCAAAUUAAAAAGGCCAUUAAGAGGAAACAUACUUUGCCAAAUUAUAAAAUUAGAUAUAAGCCAUUUUUCAUCAAAGCCGAUCCAGGUCAAUUAGAUGUAUUAGAAGACAGCGAAAUAAUACCUCAGGGAAAAUUUGAUGUUAUGUGUAUGGAGGUCAGUCGACUAUCCAUAGGUGUCAAUGACAUUGCACAAGUUUAUUGCACAUUUGCAGUUGAUUCUAUCCCAUGGGUUUGCUUAUAUCAGAAAGAGAACCAAUUUUGUAUGGUAUUAGAAUUAACCAUAAGAAAAUCUCUACAGCAGCAAAUAGGGGUCACAUUCAGAUUCGAUCAAAACCAAAUUAUCGUUGAUUCUGUAACACCCCAAAUGGCAGCUGAUAGAGCGUCACUUAAAGUUGGAGAUAUUUUGUUAACAGUUGAAGGAAAAAGUGUCACUAACAUAACGCACUUGAACAAAAUGUUGAAACUGACACCGGGCAAUUUCAGUAUUCGUGUUGAAAGAUUAUGCAGUGGUUACCAGUUGAAAUCCAGGUAUUUUGAUAAGACUGAGCAGAAAACUCCUACAUCGAAUGUGAGCAGUAUUAAUGAAGGUGACUUCAUUCAAACAGAGCAAGAAGAUAGCUUUAUCAUGAUUGAAGCAAAGCCGAAAUCUUUUGAUGCAUCUGAUCUGAAAACAAUCCGUACAGCAGAAAAGGCAAAAAAUGACAAAGCGCCUCUACCUAAACUAAUCAGCACUAGUAACGAAAAUGUGUCAAAAUUUGCACAAACUAUAGGAAAUUUUAGUUUACGUAAGCGUAAGCCGUCAAUUGAACGUACACCUCCCGAAGGAAGCACGAAAAGUACUCCAAACAUUUCAUUGCCCACCACCCCUCAACACUCUAAUCCUAAACAUUCCACACCAGUUUCGUUACUAUCCACAAAGAAACAGUCCAUAUUAGAAACUUCGGAGUGUGAAAAAGAAGGAAGCGUAGAAUCUGAACCCCUUGUCGAGUAUAAUGAAAUUCAUAAAGGCCAAACGAAAGAUGUAGUUAGUGUAAUUAGUUAUAAGGAUGAAUACCAAUUCAAUUUGAAAGAAACUGACAAGUACCUCAAUGUUAAUGUUUGGGGUUUAACCAGUGAGCAGAAAGACAUCUUAUUGGGAUACAUGAAUAUUUCAUUAGGUGAAGUGUUGAAUCAAUGCAGUAAUUCUAUGCUUGGUCAUUACAUUAGGAGCUUUUCUUUUUUACCACCGACUAGCACGCCACCUACAAGUCAGUCACAUCCACUAAUGUUACACUCUGGGUUUGAGCAUGUUUUUUGCUAUGGAGAUGCCUUACUCUCAUUCAUGUGGUCGCAUGAUGAGCAUUCGGAGAUUCGAAGGACACCUUUAACUAACAAUCAUAUAAAGGAAGGUGAUGGGGUGGUAAAGCACGACUUUGUCAGAACGCAAUUUCACCGCACAACUCAUUGUGAUUUCUGCUCUAAAAAGAUUUGGCUCAAAGAUGCAGUUCAAUGCAAGAACUGUAACCUGUGCUGUCACAAAAAAUGUCUAAUGAAGUGCCAACUCAACAUGCCUUGUAUACAUAUCGAGAAGUUGGAUCAGAAAUUAGAAAAUUCUGAUGCUCUUCAUCCUGAAAUAACAAUGACCGAGGUGAACGAUAAAGAUGACAUCAUUCCGCAGUAUUCAAACGAAACGAAACAGCACAUUAAUGCCCUAAAACGCGUUAACAGUGCCAAUAAUUUGGCUAUACCGGGUUCCCACUUUACUCAAAGUCAAAGCCGUAGUUUACCUCCAUCUCCACAGCACACGCCCCGCAAACUAUCACUUGUUGUCAGCAACCCUUUCAGUGGGUGCCCAAUGAUGCUAGAUGAAAUCCAACAGCAGCCCAAUGAGGCUACUGAAAUAAUUCUACGUGCAGUAGAUCAAAUCCUACAGUAUCCUUCUGAUGAAAGUCUAAUGGACGUCGCCAAAGAAACCGGUACACAACUGUACAUUAACAUGGAACACGAAACGAAAGUUGAAAAGAUUAAUUUAAUGGUAACCGAAUUGAAAAGAACCUUGGAUGACAUAACCAUCGACCAUAUGUCGCUUUCAAAAAAAUUAAGCUCAACAGAAACUGAAGUGGAAAAGGCAAAAUUGGCAUUUUUAAUUGGUCAAGCUGACGCGAAAAUUCAGGCACUGUCAGUUUUGAUGUUACAUUAUUGUUCGGGUUUACAGCAUGCCCAAGAGAAAAUCGUUUAAAUUGUCCAGUUGGCCGAUUUUUUAUAGUAUUGACACCUGUAUUUUAUAAUGCAUUUACGAUUUGUGAUAUUUUCAUAUAGCAUUAUUUUGUGUAUAAUUAGCUGCAGUAUUAGCGAUGUUACAGUAACUUAGAUUAAUUAUUAGGGGUAGGGUAAUUGUACUUAUAAAAUGCACUUAUAGGUUUUAUUUUUAGUGUUUGCAUCUAGUCAAUUAUAAGUAGUUUAUAAGUGUUGCUAUUUAUAUUUACCAACAGACAAAUAUCAUUUUAGAAGUAAAAUACAUUAUUUAUUGAGCGAGUAGUAGAUUUAUGUUAUUUUCCAUUUUUUUAAUUUAUAAUUCGAAUAUUUUACUGUUUAUUUUAUGUUACAUUAUUUAAUUUAGUACUAGUACAGAUGUGACACAAGUUAGUACUGAUUUCUUUAAUUCAUUUUUAAUAAUCUUAGACUUCCCAGGUUUAAUAUUACGGUUUUGACCCACUCGCUUUCUAUUUACACCUGUGACUGAUGGAAGAGACACCCAAACAUAUAGAGAUCUACAGAAACAACAGAGAAUCGAUUAAGGCACAAAAAA